AUGAAGUCGAUAUCUACUCUCGCUUUUAUCGCUGCUACCGCGUUGGUUGGCAAUGCAAUCGCUGCACCAUCUCCUGAUAUCAUCCCUCGACAAUAUAAAACUUUAACAUACCAAGGAUGUUUCUCAUCGGGCGAUGGCUUGACCAAGAAUUCUUCAUAUACAUACAACAGCAAAGGAUAUUGUCAAACACAAUGUGUACCUGCCGAUUACGCCGUUCAAGCAACAUACAAUAGCAAUGAGUGUUGGUGUGGUGACGAUCUCCCUCCAGCAGCAGAUCUCGUCGAUGAUUCGAAAUGUAAUAGUCCUUGUGCUGGUAUUGAUACGGAAAUGUGUGGUGGUACUAAACUUUAUUGGUCUGUUUAUCUUACGGGUACCGAAAGUUCCGCACCAAAUUAUGAUCCAUCUUCAGCUUCCUCAUCUUCAGCAUCCGCAUCAAAUACCGCCACUCAAACCACAUCCAUCGUACCAUCUGUCGUCACCGUAGGAGGUCAAACCGUUACAGUUCAAGCAUCCGAUGCAGCAGCCGCAUCCAGUUCCGCUUCCGCACUAGCGGAGAAGAAGUCAUCAGGUCCCAAUAAAGCUGGCAUCGCCGCAGGCGUCGUUGUCGGUGUAUUGGUUGCUGCUGCUAUCGCGGGAGGUAUCUUCAUAUUUAUGCGUAACAGAAAGAGACGUGAAGUCGAAGAGGAAUAUAGAAGAAAUGCAGCAGUCAAUAACUUUGUCACUGGUGGUAAAUCACCUAUCAGUAGCAGUAGCGGUGGAGCUUCAUUUACCGAUACUCGACUUGAUCCUACUCUUGCCAAUAGAAGAAUGAGUGAUGGCAGUAUCGCUGAUAACCAAGAUUACUCAAGGAGAAUCCUCAAGGUUACCAACGCAUGA